UUCAGUUUAGUUUACGGUAAGCACUGUUAGUGUUGAUACUUUUUUCGUCCAUGGUCCGGUUAUUUGAAAAUUGGAACGUUUGAUCUUUCGCGACGCGGAAAAACGAUAAAGUGAUUAAAUAUAGUAUAAAAUGGUGUUAAAACAUAUUUCAAGAUUUUAAUAAUACAAAAAAAGGUUUUAGGUAGUCUUGUUUUGUGUACAAAAUUAUUUAUUAUAGUUAAAUAUUAAACUAUUUAAUCAUUUGCUAUCAAUUUUGGAGGGAGAUCGAACAACUAAAAAUUUGUAUAAAUUUUGACGAACCUAGAUUCGGCGAAGCCUAGGCGACAGUGCGACGUGCAGGCGACAUGCGGAGCGCGCGGUAGCGGCAGCAUGGCCGCGCCGCUGGUACUGGCGGCGCUCGCGCUCACGGCGACGCCGGCGCUAUCGCAAGGGCCAACUCGACCGCCUGCACUCGCAGCUAUAGCGCUCUCCAUACGUUCUCGGGCUAUCCAAGAUAGUCGUUGCUAUCUGAUGAACGGUGGAGCAGUCGAAAGCUUCUUCAUAAGCGAGGAUACACCCGUCGGCAGCGUUAUAGGGACACUAAGUGUAAAUGGAGAUCCGAACGAUUUAAACGGGGAUAUCUCGCUGCGAAUACAGGAGAAGAACCCGCCUAUAGCUCUGGCACCCGGCACCAAAAAUCUUACGCUGCUUCGGGUCUUGGACCGCGAGGAGCGGCUCGGACCGUCCAGCGUCUACGUCAACGUGCGCUGCGACAGGCGGCACACGGCAGAUCCGAGUUUCGUGGUCCCGGUGUCGGUGCGCGUGUGGGACGUGAACGACAACGCGCCGGCGUGGCGCGGCGCGCCGUUCCGCGCGCGCGUGUCGGAGGCGGCGGCCGUGGGCGCGCGCGUGCUGGCCGCGCCCGCCGCCGACCCCGACGCGCCCGGCCCGCACGCCGCCGUGCGCUACUCCGUGCUGCCCGGCCCGGCCAGCGAGUACGUCGGCUUCCUCAGCGAGCUGGACAGCACGAUAGUGGUGAAGCGGCCGCUGGACUACGAGACGCUGCGCAACUUCACGGUGCGCCUGCGCGCGCAGGACGGCGGCUCCCCCCCCCGACACAACGACACCACGCUCAGCGUCGAGCUGCUCGACGCCGACGACCACAACCCCAAGUUCGGCGCCGAGCACUACGUGGCCGCCGUGCCGCGCCACGCGCAGGAGGGUACGAUACUAGAGACGUCCCCCGGGCCGAUAUCGGCCGCGGACCAGGACACCGGCAUCAACGCGCCCGUCUACUACAGCGUCAGCGGGGAGGGCGCCGACCUGGUCACGCUGGACCGCGACAGCGGAGCGCUGGCCGCCACCGCCGCCCUGCUGCGGACCACCACCGCCGUCACCGUCGUCAUCAAGGCGACGCAGGUGGACAACUCGGACCGGUACGCGCUGGCCACGGUGUCGCUGCGGCCCGAGGCGGCGGGCGGCGCGGGCGCGGGGCGCGCGGGGGGCGUGCGCUUCUCGCGCCGCGCCUUCAGCGUCAGCGUGCCCGAGGACGCGCCGCCCGGCACCGUGCUCGCCGCGCUGUCCACGCGCGCCGCCGACCAGGUCCCCCUACAGUUCUACGUGUCCGAGCGCAGCUUCCUGGAGAAGUUCGCGAUCAACGGCGCCGGGGAGGUGCUCCUGCGGAAGCCGCUCGACUACGAGGUCGAGGACUCGUACCGCUACCAGGUCAUGGUCACGGACGGCGAGACGAACGACACGGCGUCCGUGGAGAUCAGCGUGCAGAACGUGAACGAGUGGGAGCCGCGCUUCCGGCACGCGCAGUACGAGUUCGAGGCGCGCGGCGCCGGCGCGGGGCGCGCGCUGGGCCGCCUGCUCGUGCACGACGGCGACCGCGGCGACGCCGUGCGCCUCACGCUCGCCGGGCCCGGCGCCGAGGCGCUGGAGGUGAGUCCGUCGGGCGACCUGUUCUUGCGCGAGGGGGCGCUGGCGACGCUCAACUCCACGACGCUGCACGUCGUCGCCACGGCGCAGGACUCGGGCUCGCCGCCGCGACAGACGUCGGUGCCGGUGGUGGUGCGCGUGCCGGAGUCGCUGCUGGGCGCGCACGUGUGGCGCGCGCACGCGUCCCCGCUGUUCGCCGCCUUCGCGUGCGCGCUGGCGCUGCUGGCGCUGCUGCUGCUGGCGCUGCUGGCCUACCUCUGCCGGCUCAAGCGCAGAAGACAGGUUAAGGAUACGAGUACGGUGAAAUCGUCGACGCCGGAGAAGCCCGCCGCGCUCAGCGUGGCCAGCGGCGGAUCCCUGCAGAGCGUGUCGGCCGGCGCCAGCAGCAUCCUGGCCGCCUCCAGCACCAGCCUGGAGCUGCCCGCCGGUGAGUGAGACGAGGGUCGUGAUGUCAUCAUCGGGUGAGAGCGAAGACAACGUAUUACACGUCGAAGAAGUGUGCA